AUGACGGGGAGCCUGACCUGCUGGGACUGGGACAACAACGGAGACACAGUGUCCUGGGACCAAGUGAAGAUGCUGCCUUGGCUUCUUGUCAUCUCCAUGCUGGGCCUCAGGAUCUGGGGUGUCACUGCCAUGGUCUCUCGUCAGGAGUGGGGGACAGGAGCUGGUGGCUGCAGAGCCCAGCUGACCAUACCAGUGGACUUCCUGGUCAUACAUCACAUCCCUGGGCUGGACUGUCACAACCAGACCACCUGUAGUCAGAGACUACAGGAGCUGCGGUCCCAUCACAUGGGCAACGGCUGGUGUGAUGUGGCCUACAACUUUCUGGUUGGAGACGAUGGCAGAUUGUAUGAAGGUGUCGGCUGGAAUGUCCCAGGCUGGCACACACAAGGCUACAGCAACAUCUCCCUGGGUUUUGCCUUCUUCGGCUCCAAGAUAGGAUAUAGUCCUAGCCCUGCUGCCCUGUCAGCCAUGGAGGGUUUAAUCUCUUAUGCUGUCCAAAAUGGCCACUUAUCAUCCAGGUAUUCUCAGCCACUUCUUGUGAAAGGAGAGGACUGCCUCCUGUCUCCACAGGAGUCAGGACCAAAGAAAGCUUGCCCCAACAUUGUUACACGGUCUACUUGGGAAGCCAGGUCAUCCUACUGCCCCAAGAUGAACCUUCCAGCUAAAUACGUUAUCAUCAUCCACACCUCUGGGAGAACCUGCAGUGAAUCUGCUGAGUGCUGCUCACUUGUACGAGACAUCCAGUCCUUGUUCAUGGACAGAUUUGACUCAUGUGACAUUGGGCAUAACUUCUUGGUGGGCCAGGAUGGUUCCAUCUAUGAAGGGACAGGUUGGAAUGUUCAAGGUUCCCAUACCGACGGCUACAAUGACAUUGCCCUGGGCAUUGCCUUCAUGGGCACCUUCACAGAUAUCCCACCCAAUGUCGCGGCGCUGGAGGCUGCCCAAAGUCUGAUCCGGUGUGCCACAGACAAGGGGUAUUUGACUCCCAACUACCUGCUGGUGGGACACAGUGAUGUGAAGAACACCCCGUCUCCUGGGAAGGCUUUGUACAACAUCAUCAGCUCCUGGCCUCACUUCAAGUACUGA